AUGCCUAGCGCCGGCAGCCGAGGAGAGCAAGCCCGGCAGCUGCUCAUCGACCUGGAGACUCGAGGGAAACAGGCUUUUCCUAUAUUCCUCUCGAUCCUGCGGGACACCGGGCAAGGCGACCUCGCGGACAUGCUGGUCAAGGAGUGCGAGUGGUUGCCGGCGCCGACGCAGCUGGUGGACCUGAGGCCUGUUGAGCUGGAGUUACGUGGAGAAAAGCAUAAUAAAAAUGCGAACUUCCCUGAACGUUUGUCCAUCCCGGUCCCAGCUGAGAGCGAAAGACCUCGAACGCCUCCCGCGCCAGGCCGGGGUUCGGCUGUUGACAAGAGGAACCGCAAUCUGGUUUACGAGCUGAAAGCGGACCCGUGUGGACGCUGCCUGAUCCUCAACAACGUCAACUUCAGCAGAGCCUCGAAUCUGUCCACUCGCGUCGGCUCCAACGUGGACUGCGAGAAGCUGGAGAAGCGCUUCAAGGCUUUGCGCUUCGACGUCCUGACUCGGCAGGAUCUCAAAGCUCAGGAAAUGAUUUCAGAGCUGCAGACGCUGGCAGAGCAGGACCACAGCGCCUUGGACUGCUGCGUCGUGGUGAUCCUUUCCCACGGCUGCCAGACGAGCCAUAUUCAGUUUCCCGGAGGCAUUUACGGAACGGAUGGCAAACCCAUUCCAGUAGAAACGAUUGUGAACUACUUCAAUGGGUCCCAUUGUCCGAGUUUGAGAGGAAAACCCAAACUUUUCUUCAUCCAGGCCUGUGGCGGAGAACAAAGAGAUCCAGGCUUCGUAGUGGAUUGUGAUUCACCUGGCGACGAAGCUCCCGGAGGUUCUUUAGAGUCGGACGCGACUCCUUUCCGGGCUCCGGUGGGUAACGUGGAUGAGCCGGACGCUGUAGCCAGUUUGCCCACACCCAGCGACAUCUUGGUCUCCUACUCAACUUUCCCAGGUUUUGUCUCCUGGAGGGAGGCGUCAAGGGGCUCGUGGUACGUGGAGACGCUGGACAGCGUGCUGGAGCAAUAUGCCCGUUCAGAAGACAUGCUGAACUUGUUAUUGCAGGUGGCCAACACCGUCUCCGCCAAGGAGGGGAGGUACAAGCAGAUCCCGGGCUGUUUCAACUUUCUCCGCAAAAAAUUCUUCUUCGCGUGCAAAUGA